CAUAUCAUUUACAUACAAACAUCUAUAUCUUGUGUGUGAAUUCGUCAAACUUGUUAAAGAAAGAGCAUUUUUUGUUGUUUUUCCUGACUCAACCAUGGAGAAGUACAGGGCAAUUAAGGAAGUUGGUGAAGGAACCUUUGGAAGUGUUUGGAGUGCUAUAAACACACAGACGGGAGAAGUUGUUGCUAUAAAGAAGAUGAAGAAAAAAUAUGAUUCUUGGGAAGAAUGCAUGUAUUUAAGAGAAGUAAAGUCACUACUAAAGAUGAGUACACAUCCUAAUAUUGUGAAGCUAAGAGAAGUUAUUAAAGAACAUGAUAUCUUGUAUUUGGUGUUCGAAUAUAUGGAGUGUAAUUUGUAUCAACUUAUCCAAAAAACAGGAAGAAAUAUGUUUUCAGAGGAUCAAGUCAGAAAUUGGUGCUUUCAAGUAUUUCAAGCUCUUGCAUACAUGCAUCAGCAUGGGUAUUUUCAUCGCGAUCUUAAACCAGAAAAUCUUCUAGUAUCAAACAAUGUGAUCAAACUAGCUGAUUUCGGAUCUGCAAGAGAAAUUAAUUCAGAGCCACCUUAUACAGAAUAUAUCACUACACGUUGGUAUAGGGCUCCUGAAGUUAUGUUAAGGUCCCCUACUUAUACUUCUGCUGUCGAUAUGUGGGCAAUGGGUGCAAUAAUGGCUGAACUGUUCAUUCUUCAGCCUCUAUUUCCUGGACUAAAUGAAGCAGACGAGAUGUAUAAGAUAUGCAGCGUGAUCGGAACGCCGACAGAGAAUUCUUGGCCCCAUGGUUUAAUGCUUGCUAUGGGGAUGAACUACCAGUUUCCAUAUUUUCCUGGUGUGCAUCUGUCAGCUCUGAUGCCUUCAGUAAGUGAUGAUGCAACUAGCCUUAUUAGGUCACUUUGUUCUUGGGACCCUUUGAAAAGGCCAACAGCAGCACAAGUUCUUCAGCAUCCAUUCUUUCAUAAAUGUUACUAUGUCAUCCCACCAUCUCCAUGGACUACUACAGCUGCUGCCUAUUGUCAACAGAACACGAACACGAACACGAACACGAACACGAACACCCAUGUCAUUGGGAUCCAGGCCGAGAUAUGCUAAUCAGAAAUCUUUUUAGGACGAGUUAUUGGGAGAAAGAAAUUAUUUUGGGGCUGGAGAAAGAGAAAACGAGCUUGGAUUAGGUGCAAGACGAAGCUAGAAUGUCUGUAUUACAAACUUUGUAAAGACUAUUUUUUUUUUCUUUUUCUUUAAAAGUUGCUCAUAUUUGCUCAUAUUAAUUAGAGAUCGAUUGCAUUGUUGUAACACUUAAAUUCAUCAAUAGAACAAGGAUUACUUGAUUUUUUUUUUGAAUUUGCUCAUAUUAAUUAGAGAUUGCAUUAUUGUAACACUUAAAUUCAUCAAUAGAUCAAGGAUUACUUGAAAUUUUUUGAAAUUGCUUGUCAAAUAAGGAUUACCUAUAUACUUGAAAGAAAAAAUGGGACAACAUAGGAAAGAGAGUAAAUGAGAAAAAAAAAUUGUCAGCAUCGUCGUUUGGAGUUAUAAUUUAUUUAGACACUCGAAAGAUUAUCUAAUUUGUCUUUAGUUUUUAAUUUACAUGAUAUGAUCAGUUAAAUCAAAUUAUGACAUCAUAUUUGGGCCAAACAACCCAAUUUGGCAUAAGGUAACAAAAAAAAAAGCGUCAUAAUGAAAUAAAAAUUUGGAUAUAAUUUACAAAGUGGCAUAAAUACAAGGUAGUAAUUAACAUAAAUUUUCUAACCAAGCUUGAUUGGUGGAGGUGCUGGUGAACUUACCUUUUGACUUUAAAGUCACAAACCCUACUACCUACUUGUACUUGGGAGUAGUGAUUUUCUUAUAUCCCUCUAUUUGUGCUGGUCCGGUAGGAUCCUUGUUCUUAUCAAAAG